AUGAUCCGCUCUCACCGGGACGUCCUCCGCGUCCGUAGGGUGGACUUAGUGAAAAAUCUACAGUGCUUUGCAGAAAUGCUCGACCACUUGGAAUCUGUGAAGGUUAUUUUUGAGAAUCAAAGGCAUCUUAUUUUGUCCGAGAAAACUAUAUUUGACACUGCUCGGGCAUUUCUUGAUACGCUCCAGAGAUGUGGACCCGAAGCCUACCCUGAAUUCAAAAACGCUCUUUCAUUGACAAAUCAGCAUUCUAUUCUAGAAUCGUUGAGGAACUGUGAGGAAAAAUUAUUAUGUGAAUCGCCCGUACCCCAGGACUCCACCGUCUUAUUAUCUAGUUCCAUGAGUCCACCAGGCACUUCUGUUGUAAAUAGUCCAGACAUAAACCCACGGCAUGCCUUGCAACCAUACCAAGUGACUUCUUCUCCUCGUGGUUUUGUGUUAAUUAUAAAUAUUGAAAAAUUUAGCAGGUCAUGCGGUUUGAGGAAUCGAGACGGCUCUCAGAAAGACGUUGAUGCUCUCUGUGAAGUAUUUACAAGCUUCGGAUAUUCUAUCAUUGUGGAAAAAAAUCUUACGCAUGAUCAAAUCCUUCAAACAGUGAAACUAUAUGCUGAAAGGCCAGAACAUGGCCGCGUUGAUGCCGGCGGUCUUGUCAUCAUGACUCAUGGAUUAAUGCAUCACCUAUUUGGAUCAGACGGUCAACUUGUAAAACUAGAUGACAUUGUUAACUUUUUUACGAAUAAAUCCUGCCCCCUGUUAGCUAGAAAACCUAAGUUUAUUAUACUUCAGGCCUGUCGUGGAGACGAACGUGAUAGAGGCGUUCUUGUCCCCGAAGGAGCGCAA